AUGACGAACGUUGAUGGCCUAUUAUCAAAUCGCGGUGGCCUGAAUGUCACUCAGGUGCUUGGCAGAAUUCCGCCCCAUGUCUUGCAUCCAGCCUUGCAUCGCGAUGAGAUUGAUUUGUCCAUGGCGGAGAACCGGGUUAUCCGCCAUGAAAUUAUUCAGUUAGCCAAAGCGGCUAUCGAGACAAGUCUGCAUUACGAGCAUCUAGAUUGGCCCAAGGGCUUUUUCGGCGAUGCGACGUUGCUUGAUCUUCUUGCGAGUACAGUCAACACUCACUUCCGCCCCCAUUUCAAGGUAGCAUCAGAUAAUAUUGCUGUGACAGCUGGAGCAGCUGCUGGUCUGGAUGCUAUUUUGUACAACAUUUGCAAUCCGGGUGACGGUGUACUCGUCCCGUGUCCGUACUGGAAUGGAUAUGAUGCACUCUUCGCUUUGCACUCCGAGGUCCGGCCUGUUGGUGUUGUGGUGCCCUCUCUCAAGGACUCUUUCGGUCCGGCUCUCCUCUCGGCGCUGGAAGAGUCGUACGAGAAUGCACCUUGUCCGAUCAAGGCGCUCGUACUCGCUAACCCACACAACCCUCUCGGUCGACCAUACUCUCGAUCAAUCCUAGAACAAUGCAUGUCUUUCUGCCAACGGCGGAACAUCCACCUUGUUUCAGACGAGGUGUUUGCGCUCAGCAGCUUCGCUAGCCCCGACUUUACGAACCCCGAGUCCUUUGUCUCCUGUCUAAGCAUUGACCCUUCUCACGUCGGAUGUGAUCCGCAACGCAUCCAUGUCGUGUGGAGCAUGAGCAAGGACCUUUCGGCAAGUGGCGUUCGACUGGGCUGUGUCAUCACCCGCAACCGGCCCCUUAGGGAUGUUGUGGGACUCGUGGCGUCCGUACAUGUAUCAGUGUUGUCCACCGUCUUUGCGAAGGAAGUGCUUGCCUCACCACAGCUACCAAAGUUGUUGACUCUCAGUGCUACCAAACUGGCAGAGACAUACACGACUCUGACGACUGCAUUUAAAGCCACCGGAAUUGAGUAUUUCCCUAGCUGUGCGACGGUGUUUGUCCUCGCUCGGCUGGCACCCGAUGCAGCAACCUGGGAUGAGGAGAUGCUCGCCUUGCGCGCGUACAUGCAGGCAGGUGUAGCCAUUGUGCCAGGAAGAGCAUACCAUAUGCCCGAGGGGCAGAAAGGAUGGAUGCGCGUCACCUUUGCAGUUUCCAAUGAGGAUUUGGCGGAGGGGAUCCAGAGGAUCAAGAAAGUUUAUUUGAGUCUAUUAGAAGUAAUUCCCAUGUUUCAAUCGACUUCAAUUUCUCGCACUGUCCAAUUCUACACUAAAAUUCUGGGCUUCGAACUUGGCAGUGUUAAACCCGAAGAUGACACGUCCGAAUUGGCCUUUUGUUCCGUUUUCAUGGGUAAAAAGGCCGACGCCAAUUUCUACUUUUCAAAGGUUUCUGUCGAACAAUUCAAACCGUCCGAAGCCAUGAUCGCACUUGGAACUCGGGAAUUAGACGAGUACUACCGAUACUUGAAAGGCCGUGGAGAGGUGACGAUUACCGAGGACAUUGAAGACAUGCCAUGGGGCUUUCGACAGUUCACUAUCAGAGAUCAUGAUGGGAAUCGAUUGACGUUCUUCAAAUUCCUGGAGGGAGGUAAUCCGGGUAAAGAAUGA